AUGUUUUCUCAAUUCAAGGACCGCGUCGCACGCCGUAGCAAGACGUACAACGGCCAGAGCACCCCUCAACACAACCGCCUAUCGAAGCCGAGGACAAACACGAACUCGAACUCGAACUCGAAACCCGCAAGUCCUAUCGUCAAUAGCGACAUCCCUUGCCCGGACUCACCACAGUAUGCGGACUCGAGUGCGACAGAUCGGCAACAGAUUAGGGACUCGAUGCUGUGGCCAGCAAGCAAAGAGGCCGAAUCAGCAACUGGGCCCGAUCAAGACACAUUCGACACCGAAAGAGUAGCGGAGGGGCGCGGACGUCGCUCGACAGUCGUUUCAAGAUCAAACUCACGUGCGCAUUCAAGGUCGGCUUCUGCAUUGCGCUCUUUUGUACGAAGCAGACGGAACUCGACAGCCAACCUCAAGAACCUGCCGGAUUCCAAGGUCUCAUUGGCCUCGACUACGCAACCGGACAUUGAUGCGGCGAUAAGGCUACUGCAAGAAGUCAAACGGAAUGCGUCUCCCGAGGAAUUGGCAGCGCUGCGCGAAGCUUUGGAACGUCCAACAGCAUCGGUGGCCGCUUCAGAACAAGAGUACGACAGGUCCAGCCCAGAGAUCAGCGGCGCAUUGACGAGGAGGAAGUCGCUCGUUCAGACACCAGGCGUGGCGACCCGCAUCUCGCCUGUCAAUGGCCAACGCCGGACAUGGAACUCAUGGAAGGCGCCGGACGUGAACCCCGAAGAUGAAUUCAAAUGGCGAGCUCCACAGCAAGGACUUUCUCCUCCGGGUCGCCUACUAGCUCUGGAUCUAGCAGACAACAGUCGAGCGCAGACUCCUGGAGAGCUGGAUUAUUCCCAUCUGGGCAUGUACAAGCCAGGCUCACUGAUGGUCGUCAACGGUGCCGCCUCGCCUGCAUCAAGCACGAUUAAUAUCCAGCGCGUUGCCCAAGCCAACAAGAACAACGACUAUUUCUCGGUAACUGAAUCCAGCCGUAGUCCAUUGGCUGCGAAGAACGAAAAGAAAGAUGCGCAUGGAAGGAGUAGGUCAGCUGUUGGCUUGCGUGACAGCAAGGCGAGAAGCACCCCAGACCCAGCAGGCGAAGAAAAGAUACCCAUCACCUACAUCAAACCAGAGAUCAAACCAAGAAAGCGGCCGCAGAGCGUUGCUAUCAGCACAAGGCGGUCAUCCCAGAGUGCUGAUACUCUUGCCAAAGAUUAUCAGGCUUACAUCCCAUACAGUCCGUUUGGAAAUCGCAUGGUUGUACACAACAUCUGGCAGGACCAGGAAGCAGUAACCGACGAACUCUUUCUCGAAGACCUACAAUCUCAGCCACACAAAGACCUCGUGGAAUUGUCAGCAACUAUCACUGAUGUGACCGAACUCUCACCUCCUUCCACAGCCACGAGCGUCAAUACGUUGGAAACACCCAAGCAUCAGAUGCUCCGGCCGUCACCAAGAACAUCCGAUUCUGGCUAUUCUUCUGUCAGCUCAUCUGGUGGCAGCUCAAGAGCGUUCACAAGCGAGCAACACCCCAGCGCACUUCGAGUGGUUGUUCCAGCGUUUGACGAAUCGCCGCAUUCCAAAUACAGUGCCGACAGAAGACAGACGAUGAGCUUCGAACUGCCUGUUCAAGGAGGGUUGCUGGAUCAUACCGAACGGACUCUGUUAGCCACUGUACCCAGACACGGACACGGCCGCACACUGUCGCUAGACAUCCCUCGGGAAGUUGCAGAGCUACCGUCUAUGGACUCGGUGCUUGCGCCCAGUACACCACAAUCAGUGACUUCUAAGAGCUCUGAGAAGCCGCUACCGAGGCAGACGAAACGCCUACAGAAGCGCCGGCCAUCGCAGCCUCAGCUUCCUGUCGUUCAGUCAUCCCAGCCAAGCCGCGAGAUUAUUCCUGAAGUUCCGGACAACGUAAGAGUCAAGUUUACUCGACGACUAUCAACCACACCUGGCAUGGAGUGUUUGACUCACACCUACCCCAGCAAAGACCACGUAAACUCAGCUGAGUUCGCAGCUGACUUCAGCCUUGUCGACUCGGUCUCGAUACCAAUCCAGCUUGAGCCCGACGACACACCUGCAUCGCCAACUCGUAGUCGCCGCAGAAGCAUGUCCUUCUUCCGGAGGAAGUCGAUGACAGGAAAGACGGCAGACGAGCACGAAGAAGAAAUUCCCUCACCCAAGGUGCUUGAUCUCGGUACCAUCGCGGUAUCGCUCGGUGCUUCACCGUACGAUCCUUCGAUGUUUGGUUCUUUCCAGAGAGAGGCAGCAGAGCACCCCACACAUCCUCAUCAGCUUGGUCAAGCACGAUCACGGUCACAGUCAGUGGUGAGCAUGAGUUCCGACACUGCCGCAGAAUAUGCGCGCAUGCGCAGCAAGGAUCGUGCUCUCCCCGAAGCAGAGAUGCCAGAAAUGCCUCAGCAGCGCAAACCACGCAGAAAGCCGAAGAUGGAGAUCGGUGAGGCGAAGCGAUCGAAGCGUCGUCCGCAAACCUUCUCUUUUGACGAGGUUCCACCAAUGCCAACCAUCGAUCACUCCAAGUACCCAGCGCCACUAUCGGCCAAGCCCAGACUGGAGAACGCAAAUGUUCCAGCAGCGAACCAGUCUCGCGUUUGCGCAAAUUCCCGUCCACAGUCACCGCUGAGGCACAACCACACACGACCGCCGUCAGCUCACAAGAACGUCGAUUGGGAGCACACGGUCAACUGGGAGCAGCACGCCAUGCAAUGGAGCGAGCGUCGCCAGUCCAUCGGCGGCAUCCUGCGAGCGCGACCAACGGUUGAAGCUAAAGAAAACACCGCACCUGCACGUCGUCCUCGCCCAAUGUCUUACACGCCGCAUGAGUUGACUACGUUUGGGCGGUUCAGUGGUGGGCUCGACUAUGACCACGACGGCCGUGGCCAGAUUGGUGGCUCAGCCGGCACCCGGCAGCUGCACAGCUACGCCGCACCGAAGAGCAUGCACUUCAAGCAGAGCUACGGCGUGGAUCGGUCUGAUGUGCCGAUAUUCGUACAGCGGCAAUAG